UACGCCCCGGAAACAUUUCUUUUUCCUUCCUCUAGCAGCUGGUGUAAAUUGUUGUUUCUGGAGAGAGCUCUGAAGCCGGCAAGCCUACGAUUGGCAAAAUGAACAAAGACGCACAGAUGAGAGCAACUAUUAACCAGAAACUGAUAGAAACUGGUGAACGAGAACGACUUAAAGAGUUGCUAAGAGCUAAAUUAAUUGAAUGUGGUUGGAAAGAUCAAUUAAAAGCUCAUUGUAAAGAUGUGAUUAAAGAAAAAGGAUUAGAACACGUUACAGUUGAUGACCUGGUGGCAGAGAUAACUCCAAAAGGCAGAGCACUUGUACCUGACAGUGUGAAGAAGGAACUUUUACAAAGAAUAAGAACUUUCCUUGCUCAGCAUGCUAGCCUUUAAGAUGGUCUGGAACAUCACCACGUUGUACUUUGAUUUCUUUAAUGCAUAAAAAACAUGCCAUACAUUUGGAGUGCAUUUUCUAAAUUAGUCCUUUUUUUGUAUGAUGAAUUUUACAUGUUUUGGUAAUGGCCCAUGUGUUGUAUUGAUAUUUUUUUUCUUGAAGAUUAUUUUAAUAAUAAAAAUAAAUGUAAAUGUUUGAAAACGACAUUUCUACUGUA